AUGAGAUGUCUGAGAGUAUCUGUUCAGGCUGGUUUGACACCAGACAGGCUUGGCCCGCGUCCAGACCGAAGCUCCGCGGCUCUCUCCUCUCUCCCUCCUGGAGAAGUGGACCAAGCUGCUACUGCUGAAGAAGAAGACGAAGAAGAAGAAGAAGAAGAAGAGGCGCUUCACUCCAACUCCAACUGCACAGACGACGCGUUCAGGGAAGGAGGAGAGGACUCUCUGAGCUCUGAGAAAGUGUCAGCCACCGGAAAAACACGCACGACCCCGCUAGAAAUUGUGCAAUGUGGAAGCAGCGAAUUUCAGAGGGAGAAGAUAGUUUUUCUAGCACAUGGUCCAAGUUUUACGCACGGUAUCCUGGCCUCAGAGAUGAUCAUUUAUCGGUUACAAACCCUUACAUAA